GAGGCAGAUCUUAUCCCUGAGUUUCGCAAACUUCCUGCAUAUCUUCAAGGUGACGGAUCGCCCUGGGACGAGUCGGGACGAGCCCUGCAGCCUCCUGCGAAGACAUUAAAUAUGCGUAAAAAAAAACUCCCUUGACUUUGACGCGUCAACACGUGCCGCAGGGAGCACAUUAAAUACUGUGCCAACUUGUGGAUUUGCUUCCAGUCUCCUUUCGGCUCCGCACAUGAGGAGAAGUUGAAGAGGAAGAUCCUGUAACCUUCUGAUGCCAGAGAGUCCUUCAGCCCGCAGCCAGUCGUCAUGUUGGAUAAGUUUGGACCGCAGAGCGCCGGUGCGCACGUCUCCAGCGCGGACCUCCAGCUCAAACUGACGGACAACAAGAGCAGCCUGUCCGGGAUGGAGAGUGGCAGUGGGAAGAAACUCAUAGAGAUCAGCGGACCGGCUUUAUCCAAAAGAAAACUUCUGGUGGGCUUGGACCUCCUCUGCCUCUUCCUUGCCUCCAUCCCUUUCUUUGCGUGUGAGCUGAAGGCAGUGAGUCCUUACAGACGGGGCUUCAUGUGUGGGGACCCCAGCAUCACCUAUCCUUACCUGCACAGCGAAGCCAUACCAGACGAAUUACUCAUCGCAGGUGGCAUCAUCAUCACCGGCCUCACCAUCGCCCUCGGGGAAUGUUACCGGGUGCGCUUCCGAGGCGUCAGCUCCAAGGCCUUCGUCAGGAACCUGUAUGUGUCCUGUCUCUACAAGGAGCUGGGCUGCUUCCUGUUUGGCUGCUGUGUUGGUCAGUCGUUGACCAACAUGGCUAAACUCAGUGUGGGACGACUGCGACCCCACUUCCUGUCUGUGUGCGGCGUCACCUAUGCAUCGCUCAACUGCACACCUGGAACCUACGUUGCAUCGGUGACCUGUCGCCAGCCAGAUCACCGAUUAGAGGAGGAAGCCAGGAAGUCCUUCUUCUCCGGCCAUGCUUCCUUUGCUAUGUACACAAUGCUCUAUUUAGCAUUUUACCUGCAGGCGCGGCUGACAUGGCGCGGCGCUCGGCUGCUGAGGCCGGUGCUGCAGUUUUUCCUGGUUCUGCUGGCGGUCUACACGGGCCUGACCCGCAUCUCCGACUACAGGCACCACCCGUCCGACGUGAUAACGGGCUACAUACAGGGAGCUCUCACUGCUUACUGGGUGGCCUUUCACAUUUCAUCCAUGUUCAAAAGCUCCAGUUCGGAUUUGUCUCCGACCGAGACCCCGGACAGCCCCCUGUCACCCCACCACACCGUCUGCUAAACCUCACAACCUCCCACCUCCGUCCCCCCUCCGCACGUACCAACACCCACCUGCUGCCAGAAGAAGUCUGGUCUGGAUAACAAGACAAGAGAUUUUGAAGAAUGUGAGACUAUUUCCUGUGAAAUCAAACCACAUACCUCAGUAUUUGGACAGCGUGUGAGAGAGAAAGGAAGGAGCAGGCUUUGCGAGAUACUGAAUGUGACACGAAUAGAAAAACAUACCGUAUGAUUUGGGAGAAAGGAAGGGAGAAGGUGUUGAAAACUAUUCCUCAGCUUGUGUUUUGUGUUACGUAAGCAGCCUGAGCACUCAACCUUUUGUCCUUGUGACUGAUCUUAGCUUCCUCCCAUGUGACACCUACCUGUGAGACUGAACACACAAACCACUACCACUCUAUACACCACUUGUAAAUAUAUACAGAUAUUUUUUUUUGUGUUACAACUCGAAUGAUACUGUAAAAGCACUUUUUUAAAAAAACAACUCCGUGUUAGUAUUAUUAAUUACCCCACUACGAUGAUUUGGUACGUAGGAUGUAAUAUAUUUUAUACAAAAUGAGGAAUAUGUUGUGUAGCAGUUUUGUUUGUUUGUUUUUUUUUACAUUGAAUGGUGUUGAAGGAAAAGCACAAAUAGCAACUCAUUUUCCUGUGUUGUACCAGUAGAUGUGAUAGCAAGUGUCCGUCCAUCUUUGUAGUUUAUCCUGUGGUUGAGAGAAUGACUUAACACAAUAUGUCUAAUUAAUAGAAGAGUGUGGAAGUUACUAGACUGUGUUUUAUAUAAUGCUAUGUAUGUUUACUUACCAGUCCAUGAGCACACAGAUCACUAUGAAUAAAAGUGAUUUUUUUUUUUUUUAAA